GCAGUUGCGGACGACGUGCGCACUGGUCGGUAGCGAAGAUGAAACUCAGAAGGGUUUCACCCGUCCCAGCACAUCCCUGUUCGCAGCGCCCAUUCUCAACACACCCAAGAAAGACAGAGGGCUCUGGAUGUGCAUUGACUACCGGGCGCUGAAUCCCAAAAUGAUCAAAUUUCGCUACCCAAUCCCACGUGCUGACGAUCUCCUGGACCAACUUCGCGGAGCUCGCUUCUUCUCAAAGAUUGACCUGCGAAGUGGUUAUCAUCAGAUCCGAGGUUUCGUUGACGGCUGCCACAAGACAGCGUUCCGAACCCGCUACGGCAACUACGAGUACAUAGUGAUGCCACUUGGCCUCAUGAACGCGCCCUCAACAUUCCAACUCACCAUGAACCGCGUGUUCAAGGACCUGCUCGACAAGUGCUAUAUAUAAUUGUAGGCUUGGUAGGUGUUACUGAAACCUACUGU